AUGAAUUACAUGCAUAGCGAACUCCCAUCCAUCAUGUGCAUAUGCCCUAACACUGACGGCUUCAUCCCGAUGUUCAUUGACCCUUCACAGACAAUGGCUCCACCUAAAGAAGGUGUUAAAAAAAUGAAAUUCACUCCUGAAGAAGACCAAAAGCUUUUCAAACUUAUCAAUAAGUAUGGAACAAGCGAUUGGAUGCACAUAUCAGAGAUGAUGAAGACAAGAAAUCCAAGGCAAUGCCGCGAGAGAUGGAACAAUUAUCUAAAUCCAAAACUCAGCGAUGAACCUUGGACAACAACCGAGGAUUUCACACUCAUUGCAAAGUAUAAAGAGUUUGGAACUCAUUGGGGUAAGAUCUCUAAAUUCCUCAAAAACAGAUCGUCUAACGCUAUCAGAAAUAGAUGGAACUUUUUAUUAAAGAAGUCCAUCAGCAGAACUGCACAGAAUAGCAGUGAUAGUAGUUAA